UGAUUGCAACAGCGGCCACUAACCGGCCCACAAAUCUACCCACCCUCCGGUUGUCGCUACCACCCUUGAGUUUGAAACCACGCGAGACCCCGGUGGCCUCGAGCUCCCCACAGCCACCAUCAUCGUUCCCAUCCUACCUCCCUACCUACCCGUCCACAAAUACCUCCCUCGUCCCAACUAUCUUACCGCCCCACCAACAUCCCACUGUCCCGCAACCAUGUCCUCCGAAAUCCCGCGGCAUUCACGCGCCCUCUACUCCCCUGCCGAUCACUCCUCUCCACCGCUCGAGCCACGAUGGUCGCGUCCCCCGAGGGCAGCUUCGGUUGCGUCGUCACGACGCUCUCGCCGUAGUCGCAUCAGCAAACUCAAAUCCCGCGCCCGAAAGCUAUUCCGAUGGGCCCGGAAACGAGUUCGCUCGAUGACGCUCGCCCAGCAGAUAAUCUUCAGCCUGCUAUUCAUUACCUCCGCCACUAUCGGAAUACUCACAUUGGUGUUCCACACGCAGAUCUUGGCCGCUAUGCUGCCCAUCUCGGAAAAGUUGCGUUCCUCGCGUGUGGGCUGGCUCGCCAUCUUCGCACUAUGCUUCAUUUCCGCGUUUCCCCCAAUGAUAGGCUACAGCACCUCUGUGACCCUUGCCGGCUUCGUCUACGGCUUCCCCAAAGGCUGGUUCGUCGUCGCCUCCGGCACCCUCCUCGGAAGCACCACCGCGUUUCUCUGCUGCAGAUACAUGUUCCGCGACUUUGCGCGCCGCCUCGUCGCUACCGAUAAACGCUUUGCCGCACUCAGUCUUACAUUGAAGCACGACGGCGUCAAGCUUCUGUGCAUGAUCCGUCUGUGUCCGCUCCCCUACUCGAUCUCCAAUGGCGCCAUGUCGACGUUCCCCACCGUCACCCCGUGGGCGUUCGCCUUCGCCACUGCCAUCGCCACGCCGAAGCUACUCCUACACAUCUGGAUCGGUGCGAGACUGGCAGUGCUCGCAGCCGCAGAGCAGAAGAUGGAUGCGCGUACGAAGGCGGCGAAUUACGGCGGUAUUGCGGGCGGGCUCGUGCUCGGCGGUAUCACGGGAUGGGUCAUCUACACGCGGACAUUGAAGCGGGCCCGCCAGCUGGAGAUUGAGGAGCGGGCGGAGCAGAGGGAGGGGUUGUUGGCGCACGACGAUGAAGAGGAUGAGGAUCUGAGGAACGAGGCGAUUCAGGAUCUGGGGAUUCUCGUCGGCGACGAGUCGGACGACGACGAGGAGGACGGUGGCAGUCUCAUCGAGGAUGAUGAUGAUCUUGAGGUGGGCUUGCUUGGACGGAAGAGGGGGAGGAGUAUUGGACUCAAAGAUCAGCCACAGGAUGACGUUACCAAGAAGGGAACCACCACCACCACCGCUCCUCCAUCGCUACCCCCACCGCCGCCGGCGCACACCGAGUCACUGGUAUAGACAAGGGGGGCUUUGGAUGGGUCAGUUGUUGAGAUCCCCGAUUGGAGGCUGUAUGUAUUACCCCUACAUACGCGCCGCCGUUACCCUACCAGAUAGAUCAACUCUCACAUUAAGAAAGAUGAUACAUUUUUUAUGGUUUUCUUUUGGACCGAACCUAGGCUACACCUUUUCUUUUUCCUUCGGGGGGUUUGGUUUUCCGGGACUUUUUUUCUUUUUCCUAUCGUUAUGCUUGAACGGC